GUUCUGGGCGUUGAUUGGCUGCUGGGUUUAAAAUGUGAUUGGACGAGCGGGUUUCAAACUGGAGGAAGAAAAGAAAAAGAGAAAGAGCAGAUGAAGAGAACGCGACAAUGAACCGACAAAUAAAAGGUAAAACUCCCCGAAGGCAUCAGAAAAAGCCGUCAAACUCCCAGAAAGACCCGGUCGGGGUUUACUGUCGUGUGAGGCCCCUGGGCCCUGAGGACCAGGAGUGCUGCAUCGAGGUGAUCAGCUCCUCCACCGUCCAGCUCCACGCUCCAGAAGGAUUUAAAGUCAACAGAAAUGGAGAAUACAAAGAGACUCAGUAUUCGUUUAAACGAGUGUUUGGAGUGUCUGUGUCUCAGAAGGAGCUUUUCGAGUGUGUGGCCAAACCUCUGGUGGACGACCUGAUCAGUGGGAAAAAUGGUCUCCUCUUCACGUACGGAGUCACCGGCAGCGGGAAAACCUUCACGAUGACGGGCUCUCCGGGGCUCGGGGGUUUACUGCCUCGCUCCCUGGACAUGAUUUUUAACAGUGUCGGACCUUAUCAGGCUAAAAGAUUUGUUUUUAAAAGUGAUGAGAAAAAUGGGAUGGAGGUUCAGACUGAAGUGGACGCUUUAUUGGAGCGACAAAAACGAGACAAUUCUCUGAACACGGCGAAACCGUCGAGCUCCAGACAGAAGACUGACCCUGAAAUCGCAGACAUGAUAAAACAGGACGAGGUUUACAAAGUGGACGCGGUGGAUGAGGACAGCUCCUACGGCGUUUUUGUCUCCUACAUCGAGAUCUACAACAACUACAUCUACGACCUCCUGGAAGACUCGUCCGAAGACCCCAUCAAACCGAAGUGGAAUGCUGGAGGCACACCUGUGCGCCCCAACAAUGACUUCAUACCUCCGCAGUCGAAGCUCCUGAGAGAAGACUUCAACCACAACAUGUACGUGUCGGGGUGCGUGGAGAUGGAGGUGAAGUCGGCGGAGGAGGCUUUUCAGGUGUUCUGGAAAGGUCAGAAGAGGAGGAAAGUGGCGAACACUCGUCUGAACCGUGAGUCCAGUCGCUCCCACAGCGUCUUCAUCAUCAAACUGGCCCAGGCUCCGCUCGACGCCGACGGAGACAACAUCCUACAGGAUAAGACUCAGGUGGUUUUGAGUCAGCUGUGCCUGGUGGACCUGGCGGGCAGCGAGAGAAGCACGAGGACGGGGGCGGAGGGCACACGCAUCAGAGAAGCAGGAAACAUCAACCAGUCUCUGCUGACGCUCCGCACCUGCAUCGAGGUCCUGAGAGAAAACCAGCUCUGUGGGACGAAUAAAAUGGUUCCUUACAGAGACUCUAAAGUCACUCAUCUGUUCAAGAAUUACUUUGACGGAGAAGGAAAAGUCAAGAUGAUCGUCUGCGUCAACCCGAAAGCCGACGACUACGAAGAGACGCUGUUGGUGAUGCGGUUUGCAGAAAUGACUCAGGAGGUGGAGGUGGCGCGGCCCGUGGACCGACCCAUCUGCGGCUUCACCCCCGGACGACGAAACCGAAACGCCGCGUUUAAAGAAGAACUGACGCGCAGACUGGAGGAGCGCGGAGGACCUGUGGACGCACACACGGACUUGUCUUCAGUCCUGGGCGCGAUGGGCACCGUGCCCCCCCUGCCCCCUCUGCCCGCCUGUGUCCUCACCGACCCUCACGAUGACUCCACCCUCCCCAGACUCAUCGAGGCUCUGCAGAACCGACAGAGGCUCAGACAGAACAUGCUGGAGCAGUUCCACCAAGCAGCUGGAGCUCUGAAGUCUGUGCUGCACGACUGGGACAACAAACGCUCCUCCAGAGACGACCACAUCCACCAACAAAACGCCAAACUGCAGGAGAAGGAGCGAGUCAUAGAGAGUCAGAGAGCAGAGAUCGAACGUCUGGAGAAGAAGACAAAGACACAAGAGCACAAGAUCGACAUCCUGCAGAAAACCACUCAGGUGUACGAGGUGGAUAAGAGGUCCCUGCAGCAGGAGCUGGAGACCAGAGAACAACGUCUGAACAGAGAACUGACAGAGAAGAGACGCAUGGAGCAGAGGCUGCAGGGAGCCAUGUCCGACACGCAGCACAAGUGGGAGAAGGAGUGUAUGAGGCGGGUGAACGCCAUGCAGCUGGAGAUGCAGAACAAACUGUGGGUCAAAGACGAGAAGCUGAAGCAGCUGAAGGCCAUCGUCACAGAGAGUAAGACGCCCGGGCGCCCGGAGCCUCCGCCCCGACAGACGCCCUCCAAAAGACCCUCCAGAGAAGAGAAGAGAGGCCAACCCGCCAAGAGAUCCGCCUCACCGUCGCCCCUGCCUACGGCGGCUCCGGUGCGGCCGCUGCACAGACGCUCGCGCUCGGCCGGAGGAGAGAAGUGGGUGGACCAUAAACCCUCUUCAAACCUGGACCUGGGCACCGUCCUGCAGCCCGUCAUCCCCAACGCCAUCCAGGUGUCUGCGCCCAACGAAAAGGCUCUGGCCAAGUGCGACCGCUACGUCCUCACUCACCAGGAGGUGGCGUCAGACGGAGAGAUCCAGACCAAACUCAUCAAGGGGGAGGUGAUGAAGACGAGGGGAGGAGGACAGGCCGUUCACUUCACCGACAUCGAGACUCUGAGGCAGGAGCUGACGUCGGCGCCCAGUCGCAAGAGGAAGUCGUCUGAAGGAGCCGCUGCCCCCAAACAACAGUCGGACGGAUCCUGGACCGACGUGGAGACCAGAUGCGCCGUGUCUGUGGAGAUGAGAGUCGGGUCGAACCUGGGCCCUGGGUUCGAGCAUCACGCCGUCACCAAGCGCAGGAAGCCCUGAAGCCCCUGGUCUCGCCCCAGGUCUCGCCCCAGGUCUCGCCCCAGGUCUCGCCCCAGGUCUCGCCCCUGGUCUCGCCCCUGGUCUCGCCCCUGGUCUCGCCCCUGGUCUCGCCCCUGGUCUCGCCCGGCGCCGCUGUGAGCUUUAGUGCAAUAAUCCCGACUGUUUUUAUUAUUUAGCCACUUUCAUAUUUAAAACUUUCUCUUUUAUAUAAAACACAUUUUACAGAUUUAUGCAAAUGUAAAUACGACAAAACCAAAGACGUGUAAAAUAUUUUAAAUCUGUUUUAGUGGAUCAGGUUAAAGUUACUGCACAUCGUAAAAAAAAAGUCUUUUGCUGUUUAAUCAUGUUUGGCACUGAUUAUAUUUUUCUAUAUUCUGCACAUAAA